CCUUAGCGAGAGGUUGUGGUUACGUGUGUCACCAUGAAAUGUCAUUGGGCACUUCAAUCGAGAGGGAGGGAGAGAGAGAGUAAGAGAGCGAUAGCGUUAAGGAGCAGGAGAGAAUGAUAGAGACAGAAAGUCAGAGUGAGAGAGCGCUAGAGGCACAGAGAGAGACAGUCACAAAGGGAGAGACAGACAGACAGAGACCUGAGGCUAAGGAGACAGAGAGGAGAGAGCAUCUGCACAAGUCAAAUAGUCAAAACAGAACAAAGAAAGUACGAGAACAGAAUGAGGACUGUGCUGACACGUCGACCCUGACUAAGAGGACAGGGGCGGUAAUGAUGUGGUCCAUGCUUCACCUGCUGUUCCUGCUGUCUGUCCCACCAGGCUUCACUCACAACCUCCAAGGACUGUUUUGUGUGAAUGACUACAUCAACAACAUCGCCUGUGUGUGGAACAGCUCGGGAAUAGAUCCAGAUGUGGCCUGCCAGCUCCUCGGUACAAGAGAAGACUAUGAAAACAAUUUUUUCCAGAGUGGUUGUGAUCUCAAACCCUUGGAAGGUCAUUCUUUUGGAGGCUGCAGUUUUGUCUUUAAGGGCCAUUAUUUCAGUUCAAACGAGAACCUCCCCAGCAUUAAGGUGGAGUGUAACGGGUCUGAGGCGGCAAACCUCAUAAAAUACACACCUAUCGAACACAUUAAGAUGCAUCCUCCUGGUAUCCCGCUCAUCAUCAAUGGGACAAAUGCCACCUGGACUGCUGGUAGUCCGCUGUCUAAGAAGAUCUUUGCAUAUGAGUUCCAGGUGAAGGUGAAGAGGGAAGGCCAGCUAUGGGGGGAGGCCAAGAAUUUUACCAGACCAAAGCAGGAACCGUGGAUGGAGCUGGGUGUGGAGGAGAGUGGGAUUCAUCACAUCAGGGUGAGAGUCAAGCCGACCCAGCCCGCCUCUAGCCACUGGAGUGAGUGGAGCCCCACUGCAUCCUGGACAUCAGAGGACAAGGUCUCACCAACCUUUGUGCAAUCCCCGGACCUGGCUUUGUGGCUGGUGUUGAGUGGUGCGCUUUUCACUCUCAUCAUUGUCAUGUUGCUAGUCUUCUACAAAACACAUAUUAACAAUAGGAAACACCAGUAUGUGCCUGACCCCGCCAAGUACUUCCAGCCACUUAACUCUGUCCACGGUGGAAACUUUCAGAAAUGGCUGAGCCCCUUGUUUGCUCCAGAGUGCUUCAUCACCGCCCAGCCCGGCGAGGACAUCUCCCCUGUGGAGGUGUCUGGAACAGAAGUCUGGGACGUCACCGACUCCACCAGCUGCACCACCACAGCCUUCCUCCUACACUCUGACCCCAACACCCCCUCUGAUGGCUGGAACAGCAGCGGCCAGUCCUCCUGCUUCUCCAACAUCGGCUACUUCUACCCCAGCGGCUUCCGCAUCGAGUCUUGUCCCGUCUACUUCACCUACCAGGGGGACCACAGCUCUCUCUACGCCACCUCCACAUCCUCCUCCUAUGAGCUCUUGGAACUUCUCGGUGGGCUGCAGAGGGAGCCCCAGAGCCCAGACUCUGGUUUCGGCAUGGAGAGCGUAGAGGGGAAGGACCAGGUGGAGGAGGAAGGAAAGGGUCAGAAGGAAAGGGAUGUGGCUCCAGUUGACCAUCAUUCACCCCCUCCUCUUGUCCUACCAGUCCCCCUGCCUGCUGGGAUCCCUCCAGGCCCUCACCAUCCCCCGAGUCUCCCUCAACUCCCCCUUCAUAAUCCUGAGACUAACUCUGCCAUGGCGCCUAGCAGCAGUUACAAUGCCUGGCCAGUAGAGGCUGCUCUAGGCAGAUCCUCCUCGAUGACAGUGGAACCCAUUUGUAGCGGCUAUUUGACCAUUAAUGAGCUGCAGAAUACCUACAGCAACAAGUCUAUUUGAACAAUCAAUUUUUCACUCAAUUUACAUUUUAGUUGAGCUGUUGAACUUAUUCUUCGUGCAAACUAUGACACAAGGCUCAGAUAAUGCAGGAACAAAAUCAUUUUUUGCAUGGUAUUUUACAUGAUAAAAUACCAUUUAGUUUAUUUGUAUUUUAUAUACAUUUUGUAUAUUACUUGUAUUACUAUUGAGGCAGCUGGUUUGCCAAUGCGUUGUUACUUUAUCUCAGAUAGUUAGUGCUGCUAGUUGUUUUUGUCUUUAAAUGCGUUCACUGACAUCUUGCUUGUAUGAAGACCUGAAUAAAACCUCUGGCAGAAGAGAAGUGGGUCAGCCUUUAACUUCUUAUGUUUGUGGGCUUAGGUAGUCUGCCCUACAGUACCAAGCAAAAAGGCAGUAACUGCUAAUUUGGUCGAAAAUGAGUUAGUCGUUUUUGCUACAAUAAAUACAUGCUUAAUCAUGUGGACAAGUAUCCUUCCUCUAAUGUAUUGUGUUUUUGAGAAAAUGGGGGUCAUGUUAGCAUUAACUACAUAAAGUUACUGUGAAACCAAGGUAAAUAAAAGCCAUUUUUCUCAGUUCCACUCUGAGCAGUUACUGCUUUUUUGCUUGGUAGGGCAGUUAAAGUGGCAAAGAGUGGACAAGUGUUCCUGCUGUGUGUGUAUGUGUGUUGGUGUGUUUGCGUGCGUGUAUCAG